AAAAAAAAAAAAAAAAAAUCUCAACUUGUGUGUCUGUGUGUAGACCGAGACUCCAAUCCUCAGAAACCCCAAAACCAAACACUCAAAGCACAAAAAUCCAAAUCUCAUCCUCCUUCUUCUUCUUGCAUUCCUUAGAUUGUUUACUUCAAUGGACGUUUGAUUUGUUCUGUAGUAACUGCGUUUCAGUGUGUUUUACUAUGGAUUCCGAAAGUAGCAUGGUGGCUGUUGGGACUAUUGACACUGCUCUUGUAAAUGGUGGUUUAACCAUGGAGAAUGUUUGUAUUGAAGGAAAUGGUGUUGCUUCUGGUGAAACUUUGGAUACCAAUUCAGAAAGUCAGAAUGAGAAUUCUGGAGACAGUUGUGGUUUGGAUACAGUUGAAAACCCGAAAGAGGCAGCUCAGGGCACACAAGUUGAAAGUGUUAAUGGCCAAAAGGCUCAACGGAAGCAAAAGCAGGAGAAACUCUCAGGUGGUAAGAAUGGUCCACCGGUUCAUGUCAAGAAGAAGAAAGAGAUUAAAGGUGGAGAUGCUAAAGUGGUAUCAUCAUCAAAUGGCUCUGUUAAUGCUCAAACAACAAAGUCUCUGAAGAGCACAUCAUUCAAUGGUAGAGCCGCUAAGGUCUCCGAGCAUGGAAAGCAAGACCCUGUACCAGCUGAAAGCACCGCCGGGGACAAGGUCAAGGUGAAACCAAAGCCUCAGAAGAAACAAGUCCAGGAGACAUCUGAAGAUGAUGCUCAGUCUUCUAAUAGCCCGAAAGCAGACGAUGGCAAACCUCGUAAAGUUGGUGCACUUCCGAACUAUGGGUUCAGUUUCAAAUGUGACCAACGGGCUGAAAAGAGAAGAGAGUUCUAUGUUAAGCUUGAGGAGAAGACUCAUGCGAAAGAAGAGGAGAUUAAUAACAUGCAAGCCAAGUCCAAGGAAACACAAGAAGCUGAGCUUAGGAAGCUAAGAAAGAGCUUGAACUUCAAAGCCACACCUAUGCCUAGCUUCUCUCAGCCGCCUAAAACAGAGUUAAAGAAGAUACCACCAACAAGACCCAAAUCUCCAAAACUUGGGAGAAAGAAGACUGACUCUGAAGAAACUCAGACCCCACGUGUCGCUAGGCUGAGCCUAGAUGAGAAAGCCUCUACUGCCAAGGGGAAUGUGGCAACAGUUGAUCUCAAGAAGCAACCCUUGCGCAAGUCAGUUCCAAGAUUGCCAUCUCAGAAAACAGUUCUCCCUGAUGGAAAACUCGCUGCAGCAAAGUUGAAACCUGAAAGAAAGAAAGUUGAAAAAGAUGGAGAAGCCCUGAAAGAGUCUUCAAAUCCCUUAGAUGAGGAAGCACAAGGGAAUGUAUCAUCGUCCAAUGCAGAAGAUUCACAUGAGAUUGUGUCUUCACGGAGGGAUGAAGACAGAGGUGAGUCCAUUGAGGUAUCUGAAGUGGUUGUUGUUGAGCAUUAAGACUCAUAGCUUGCAAUUAAUUAAGGAGGACAAGAGGAAAAAGAAACCGUAUGAUAUUUUAUUUUAUAUGUAUCUUCAACCAAAACUUAUGUGAGAAGAAAUGGGUAAAAGAGUGAAAAGAGUCAUAUGGGUUUGGUUCUAAAUGUUGCUGCCUUUUGAUAUUUCUAUGUUUGAUGGUAAUGUUUUUAAUCUUUCAAGUUGUGUUUUUUUUUAUGUCUAAGCACUUUUCUUUUUGAUGCUUUGAUUCUUAAAAGGUGAAUAUUCAGGAGAU